UUUCAAAGUACGAAUUUUUUUUUUUAAUGCUACCCUAUGAAAGAAAUUACAACUCUUAAGGCGAGUCAUCUGUCCUCUAUGAUGGCCAAGAAAAGGAAGAAAUUAGUAUUUUGAUUGGAUUUAUUAUCGAAAAAUUAACAAUGUUAGAGGUAGCAUGAUCCUGCCAAGACUAAAGACUACAAUUACUUUCAACUCAAUUAUUAAAUACUAAAAAAUCAUUUCUUUUAGGUUAUUUUUUUUUGUCUUGUACCAUAAAAACACAUUUAGAUAGUUGAGAAAAAUAUUUAGCCACAUAUCAGAGCAGACUGCACGGUACACCACUACCAGGCCAUCUAAAUCAAAUGCAAUUUGCCGGUUGAUCUAAGCACGGGAGGUGUCUUCAUCUUCCUAAACAAGUGCAUAUAGAUUCAUAAAGCAAUCAAACUAAGAGGAACAUUAGCAUACUAUAUAUAGAGGUUUUCGGCGUAUGUGCAGCUCAUUCAUUUCUAGUUCAAGCAGAUUAACUACAUCAUCUAGAUAAACCAUGGUUUCGAUAUGCAAAAGGCAAUGUAUCAUCGCAUUUAUCCUCAUCUUGGGAACGUGGGCUUAUGAAGUAGCAUCUCGGGAGCUCCAAGAGCCAUCCAUGUCUGCCAGGCAUGAGCAAUGGAUGGCAACUUUUGGAAAGGUCUAUGCAGAUGCUGCAGAGAAAGAAAGACGGUUCGAGAUAUUCAAGGACAAUGUUGAAUACAUAGAAUCGUUCAAUACUGCUGGAAACAAACCUUAUAAGCUAAGUGUUAAUAAAUUUGCAGACCUAACCACUGAAGAGCUCAAGGUCGCCCGUAAUGGCUAUAGGAGGCCACUUCAGACAAGGCCAAUGAAAGUAACAUCAUUCGAGUAUGAAAAUGUUACCGCUGUUCCUGCCACCAUGGACUGGAGAAAGAAAGGUGCCGUUACUCCUAUCAAGGACCAAGGCCAGUGUGGCAGCUGCUGGGCCUUUUCCACCGUAGCAGCUACCGAGGGCAUCAAUCAACUUACCACAGGUAAAUUGGUCUCCCUAUCUGAGCAAGAGCUUGUAGACUGCGACACCCAAGGUGAGGAUCAAGGAUGCGAGGGUGGUCUCAUGGAAGAUGGUUUCGAAUUCAUAAUCAAGAACCAUGGCAUCACAUCUGAAGCUAACUACCCUUACCAGGCAGCAGAUGGGACUUGCAACUCAAAAAAGGAGGCAUCCCACAUAGCCAAAAUAACUGGCUAUGAAAGUGUUCCGGCUAACAGCGAGGCAGCAUUAUUGAAGGCUGUGGCCAAUCAGCCAAUUUCUGUUUCCAUUGAUGCAGGAGGCUCUGACUUUCAAUUCUAUUCAAGUGGUGUUUUCACAGGACAGUGUGGAACUGAGCUGGACCAUGGCGUUACAGCAGUUGGUUAUGGCGAAACUAGUGACGGUACCAAAUAUUGGCUUGUCAAGAAUUCAUGGGGCACCAGCUGGGGUGAGGAAGGAUACAUAAGGAUGCAGAGAGACGUAGAUGCCGAGGAAGGUCUCUGUGGCAUAGCCAUGGACUCUUCUUAUCCAACUGCCUAAAUAUAUAGCCAUGGUCUCGAUCACCUUGUCAAUAUGAUUAUCCUCUAGCUCGCAAAAAUUCUCUAUAAAAUCUAUGAUGUGUGAAUGAAUAUGUUUACCAAUAUUGU